AUGACUGAUUUGAAUCAAGGUCAGCAGCACGCUGAGCCUGACGAGGUUAUCGAGGCACAAGACGUCGAAUCGGAUGUAUCCUCGACUAGUGGCACAUCUGUUCAAACUGAUACAGACUCGCUGAGAUCAAGCAUUCGCGACUAUCGCAGGGAAAAUGGUCGCACAUAUCACAGCUUGAGUGAUGGAUCAUAUAUCCUGCCAAACGACGUUACGGAACAAGACCGCUUAGACUUUCAGCAUCACUUUUGGUUGCUGACUUGGGAUGGCAAACUCUGCAUGUGUCCAAAGAACAACGGAGCGAACCGUGUCCUGGACAUUGGAACGGGAACCGGUGUUUGGGCCGAGGAAUACGCGGAUCGAAACCCAGAAGCAUUGGUCCUUGGUGUCGACUUGAGCCCCAUUCAGCCGGAAUUCGUUCCCCCGAAUUGCAAGUUUGAAGUCGACGACGUUGACAAAGAAUGGACGUGGCAGGAGCCGUUCGACUUCAUCUUUGCCAGACACAUGAAUGCAUGCUUCGCAAGCUGGGAAAAGUUCCUCCGCCGUGCCUACGAUGCUCUAGAACCAGGCGGCUUUAUCGAGCUGCAAGACAACGCCUUCCCCAUCCUCUGUCAGGACGACACCCUGAAGCCAGACGACCCGAUGGCGCGCUGGUCGACCCUGAUGAUGGAAGGCACAGAGCUCAUUGGCCGGCCGAUCACGGCACCGGGCCGCUUCCGGUCCCUGCUCCAGGAGGCCGGCUUCGUCAACGUCGUGGAGCACAAGCGUGUGUGGCCGACGAGCCCCUGGCCCAAGAACCCGGAGCUCCGGGAGCUCGGGGUCUGGGGCCAGGCGUGUAGCCUGGAGGGCAUCGAGCCGGGCGCCUUGGCGCUGUUCACGCGCGUGCUCGGGUGGACGAGGGAGGAGGUUGUUGUGUUUAUGGCGAGUGUGAGGAAGGAUUUUAAGAAUGUUGGGAUUCAUGGGUAUUGGAACGUGUACUCUGUGUACGGAAUGAAGCCAUUCGAGAAACCUACCCAAGAGUAG